CUUGGCCAAUAAAAGAUACAUGGGACAUAUAAACCAUUAGAGAUCAAAAAGAGACAUUGGGAGACCUAUACAGGAUUAACCUGUUUACUCAGCCAUGGAAGGGGAUUGUUUGAGCUGCAUGAAGUACUUGAUGUUUGUCUUCAAUUUCUUCAUAUUUCUUGGUGGCACAUGUCUACUAGGAGUUGGAAUCUGGGUCAUAGUAGAUCCCACUGGAUUUCGAGAGAUUGUGGCUACUAAUCCUCUGCUGUUCACUGGGGCGUACAUCAUGCUGGCCAUGGGAGCAAUGCUGUUCCUGCUGGGCUUCCUUGGGUGCUGCGGAGCCAUCCGUGAGAACAAAUGUCUUCUCCUCUUUUUCUUCAUGUUUAUUUUGCUAAUUUUCCUGGCAGAAUUGUCAGCUGCGAUCCUGGCCUUUAUCUUUAGAGAAAAUCUGACCCGAGAGUUCUUUACCAAGGAGCUAAAGAAGCAUUAUCAGGGGAACAACGAGUCUGAUAUCUUCUCUUCCACCUGGAACUCAGUCAUGAUCACAUUUGGCUGCUGUGGUGUCAAUGGUCCAGAAGAUUUUAAAUCCGCUCCACGUUUCCAACUUCUGUAUUCUCACGAUGCAUUUCCUGAUGCUUGCUGCCGACGGGAUAUCCAGUCCCGAGAUGGAGUGUUCGUCGGCAAGGAAAACUGUCUCAUGGGGAAGGAAAUAUACCAAAACCGGCAGGGCUGCUACACUGUGAUCCUGAACUCCUCUGAAGCAUACGUAUACCUUGCAGGAGCCCUUGCCAUUGGUGUUUUAGCCAUCGAGCUGUUUGCUAUGAUCUUUGCCAUGUGCCUCUUUCGGGGAAUCCAGUAAAAAGCAUUCCAUGAUCAGCUGAGAAUUUUUUUCUGACCACGUGUGUUGAAGAAAGGAAAAAUGCAGGAUAAACUUUUUUUUUUUUGGGUUAACAAAAUGAAAAAGAAAGGUUUGUAAUAUAUGAAUGACCAAAAGGAUUGUACUUCAGGGGCUGGAACUUUGAGGUGCUGCACACAGCAUUGCCUUCUCCCAGGGCAGUCAUUCAUCAGAGGCCACACAGGAUGGGUUGCACUAGAGCCUCCAAGGCAGGGAGGAGGCGAAUUCUGAUGGCCCCCACUGAAGCAGGAUGUUGUGUGGGAUUCAUCUGUCUUUCAUGAUAGUGAACCACCAGCUGGA